UCCCUCAGCUCCCAUAUUGUCACGAGACACGACAAACAUGUAACUAAUGACAUUUCUUGGCCUAUUACAACCGCAAAUCAUCUUCACCUUGAGGAAAUCGGAGCUAAAUACGCUUCCGCCAUGGCGUCGAUUGUCCGCAUCAGGAACAGGGCUUGCGUACCAGUUCUGACUACCGAGGGUACUUUUUUGAAGCCUAUUGCAGAUCCAGAAUAUUUGAGAAAGGAAGUAAAAUGCGAAUAUUUGCCUACUUUCCAGAGGAUGCACGCUCAUCAGACGCUCGCAAGCGCAAGGAGGUUCGUAGGAUUUGAACCAUUCAGUGAUCUAAUUCCAAAAGAUCAACUGGACUUUGUUCUGAAUGCUUCCUUUAACCAGACUACAGAAAUUUUUCCAGAUAUGCUCGAUAUAUACUGCCAACCCGAAACUAGAGGCAUCGACACGUGGAGGCGGUUACGUAACACACGGGAGGUGACACCUGACAGGGAACAGCAAGCAUCGGUUGAGGCUCCCGGUGGUGAGAAGAAAAAAAGGGAAGUAGGAAGGAGAGGAAGACCUCAUAAAGUGGUGAUACCGUUUAGAUAUAAUUUUGACCACAAAGUGUUAAUAGGCGGCGUAAUAGAAAAGAAACAUCCUAGCAAUAUAAAGCUGAUGAACUCAUCUCAUCACAGUUCUCAAACCAACCCUGGCUACUCAAGACAGGACUCUGAUGGUACAGUUUUCCAGUAUUAAUACAAAUUUUAUAUCGAAUACGUUUAUAUAGGUUGUUACUUUCUAAAUCAGCAAUAUAUUUGUUCAAAAA